AUGAGAUGGCAUAAGGAAAAACGGGUAGACCAUGAUGUGAUGCGACAUCUUGCAAAUGGGGAGGCAUGGAAAGAGUUCGAUCGAACGUUCCCCGAGUUUGCUGCUGAUCCUCGAAAUGUUAGAUUGAGACUUGCCACUGACGGAGUCAAGCCGUAUGGGGUUCUAAACCAACACGACAGCACUUGGCCGAUUUUUGUAUUCCCAUAUAAUUUGCUGCCCUGGAAAUGCAUGAAAAAAGAAUACAUGAUAAUGACUGUUUUCAUAAUUGAGGAUCCUAGCCGAUCAAUCGAUGUUUACUUAAGGCCGCUGAUUGAUGAGCUGAAGGAUUUAUGGACAAACGGUAUUCGCACGUACGAUAAAUCAACUGGGAAGAUGUUCACUUUGCGGGCAGCAGUUAUGUGGACUGUGAAUGAUUUCCCAGCAUAUGCAAUGGUUUCUGGGUGGAGCACAAAGGUUUGUUACCUUGGUUAUCGGAGAUGGUUGCCAUGGGACCACAAGUGGAGGGAAAAAGAUAAAGAGUUCGACAGGAACAUAGAGCGUCGUCUCAGACCUAGAGAAUGGUACGAUGAUGAGAUAUUGGACCAGCUUAACUGGUUGGAUUUUGCUCCGUUCGGGAAAACAGUUAGUCGGAUCAGACCUUCUACACAUAUGAACUGGACGCACAAGCCUAUGUUUUUUGAGCUCCCAUAUUGGUCGAAACUCAAAUUUAGGCACAAUCUAGAUGUGAUGCAUGUUAAGAAAAAUGUAUUCGACACAUUGGUGGGCACGAUUCUAAAUAUUGAGGGCAAGACAAAGGACACGAUCAAAGCUCGUCUUGAUUUGGAAAGAAUGGGCAUACGAAAGGGUUUAUGGAUGAAUAGGGACAGUGAUAAAGCUAGAAGGGAUCUUGCAUUCUUUUCUAUGAAACCGAAUGACAAGAAAGAGUUUCUAAAGUUUGUAUCGUCUGUAAAGUUUCCCGAUGGGUAUGCUUCUAAUAUCGCACGUUGCGUUAAUGUUGACGGGGGUAAAUUUACUGGACUUAAGAGCCAUGACUGCCAUGUGUUUAUUACAAAAGUAGGAUUCCUUCUAAAAUAG